AGAGGAGGAGGAUCAGAGAAGCACCGAUCACAGGAGAGAGCUGCAGUCUCCUCCGACUGUCACAUUUACAGCGUUCAUUUCACUCGCAGAGGACUGAAAAGAACGAAACUUUGCCUUGUUUUUUUUUUGUUUGGAGGCGACAGGAAACCUCGAACCCUCCAGCCAAACAAACGAAAACAAGUCCAGAUGUUUCAUGUCUGAGGGUCGCUGUCAUACGAGACCAGACCAGAGGACUCAUCCAGCUCUUCAUCCGAGAUCUCGCUUCAUAUUUGAGGCAGGACUAAAUUGGGCUGGCUGGUGAGAAUGGAGCUGAAGGCUUUAGUUGGAGGUGUUUUCCUGAGUUUGCUUGUUCUCUGGAAUGUUUGUGACUGUGUUCAAACUCAUCGGGACGCGACCGAGACCGAGACCGUAAUCAACCUCUUGGAGGCUCUUAACGUCACUCGCUUUACCCGCGGGGUGACUAAGGUCAAAGGUCAUGACCCAAAGACGCCGGCCUGGCGUUUCCGUUCCAACACGCCUCAUCUCAAACUACCCCACACAUUUUUGGACUACCUCUUCAACAGCUCACAGGGCGUCCUGGGUUUUCACAUGGUGGGCCGUCAGAAUAAAGGCUCGGAGGCCACACUCAUCUCCUUCACCUCCUCUACCUUCCUGAAGAAUGGCGAUCGCCCCCUGCUGGAGCUCGUCUCCAACACAAAAGCAGACUGGCUGCAGCUGGAGUUCAGGUCAGCGCACGGCCUGCGGCCUGCGGUGCUAAGGUUGCCCGGCGGGAGUCCCUUUACGAGCAGAGGUUGGGUGAGGAUGGCUCUGAGUGUGGAGCCCAGGCAGAUGGUGCUGUAUGUGGACUGCCAGGAUGCCGUGGUGCUCAAACUGAAAGAAGGGGGACGAAUCCUGACUCUGGACUUCCCACGUGAUCUGCAGGUUACCUUCUCCAGCACUGCAGGAAAAAAGACCAGCAAAUUCACUGGUGGUUGGCAGACGGCUGAACUCUCCACCAGGGCAUAUGAGAGUCGUCCGUGGUUCUGUGACAAUAACAACACCCCCCAGCAGACAAUAGACUACCACCAAAAAACUUAUUAUUGCUCGAAACGGAAGUGCGAGUGGGAGGGACGUGACAUGGAUGAGGGAUCCCGCUGGUCUCCUGACAGCAACACCGUCUGUUACUGCACCCAUGGGAAAGUUCAGUGCGACCGCUUCAAUGAAUGCAGCUUUCAUGGCAAUAUCUAUAGCAAUGGGGAUGUCUUCAGCCCAGACGACUGCAACCGCUGUACAUGUGAACAUGGCAGAGUAGAGUGUAAUGUGAAUCCAUGUCCAUCACAGUCCUGUCAGCAACCACCCACUCCUCAGACAACAUGCUGCCCUGCCUGCCAAACAAGAUGUGAACAUGAGGGUGAAAUCUAUGAGGACGGGAAGCAGUUUGUGUCGAGAUCAAACCCUUGCCUCAAGUGCAGCUGCUCUAAUGGUCAGGUGUCAUGUGAACCCAUCCAGUGUCCCCGCUGCAACUUUGAGGGGCAGGUUAUUCUAGACGGCGUCUCUGUUCAACCCUCCCAUGACCCCUGCAAACGCUGUGUGUGCAAUUCAGGGAAUAUAGUCUGUAACACUGAGACGUGUCCUGAAAUUGGCUGUAAUUUGGUGGAGACUGUAGGUGGGCAGUGCUGUCCCAGGUGUCGAAGUUGUGUCCAGGACAAUGUGCGGCACCAACACGGCUCUCAGUGGAAGCUUACUAAUGACCCCUGCACGACCUGUACAUGCACGGAGGGUCUGGUUCAGUGUGAGAGUGAGCGAUGUAAUAUCCGCUGUAAAAACCCAGCCUCUCCUCCUCCUGGAUCCUGCUGUCCUGUCUGUGACGGUUGCAGUUUGAAUGGAGUAGACAUCCCGAACGGGAUGACUCUGCCGUCAGGACGCACAUGUGAUCCCACGUGUAUAUGUGAGAAUGGAAAUAUUAAUUGUGCUCAGUACCCUCCCCCACCAACUACCCCCCAUAAUAAACCAAUCAGAACACCAGAAUUCUGUGUGUUGAUGUUCAGAUGUGAGGAAUGCACUCAUGAGGGCGAGGCAUACAUAGACGGUCAAAUCUUUGUGUCCAGACAGGAUCCAUGCUUAAGAUGUCAGUGCUCGGGUGGACAAGUGUCGUGUGAAUCUGCAAUAUCUUCAUGUCCCUCUGCAAGUUGCUCGCACCCAACAAAACCACAUGACCAAUGCUGUCCGACUUGUAACACUUGUGAAUAUGAAGGAAGGGUUUAUGAAAAUGGAAAAGAGUUCAGGCCUCCCGGUGGAGGUCCAUGCAUCCAGUGUUUAUGCAAGAAUGGUAAUGUGAGAUGUCAUCAGGAAAGAUGCCCAAGUUUGAACUGUGCAGUUCCCACUCCAGCUGCUCCUAACACCUGCUGUCCAACGUGCAGCGCAGGAUGUACUUGGAAUGGUGCUCAGUAUCAAGAAGGAGCCACAUGGAUUGACAUUGACCAAACAUGUUCUUGUGAGGGUGGACAGGUGACGUGUAGGAGGCUUAACCCGGUGCCGGACUGUCACAGACAGACCCCCGCACCCAUCUCAAAUCCCUCAGAUUGUCGUGGUGACUCCAGUGGGCAGUGCCAGUACAAGCAGCGCUUUUAUGAAAACGGCGAAACGUUCAAGGACCCGGAUGAUGCCUGUACCACGUGCAUCUGUCAGGAUGGUCAGACAAGAUGUAUUGUAGCAUCAUGUUCGGCAGCGAGGUGUGCUGAUGCAUACACUCCUCCUGGAGAGUGCUGUCCACGGUGUCCAGCAGGAUGUACUUGGAAUGGUGCUAAGUAUCAAGAAGGAGCCACAUGGAUUGACAUUGACCAAACAUGUUCUUGUGAGGGUGGACAGGUGACGUGUAGGAGGCUUAACCCGGUGCCGGACUGCAACAAACACAAACCCCCAACCAAAUACUGUGAAUAUGGUAACCGCAUUUUUACUAAUGGAGAAACAUUUUCAAAUCCCUUGAAUCCCUGUGAGGAUUGUGUUUGCCAAGACGGACAUGUGAACUGUGGGAAUCGUGAGUGUUCGAGGCCAAAUUGUAACUAUCCCCGGUCGGGGACAUGCUGCCAAAACAACUGCAAUGGAUGUAGUUAUGCAGGUAAUGAGUAUCCAAAUGGAGUGGAAUUUCCUCAUCCAGUAGACAAAUGCAGGACAUGCCAUUGUAAAAAUGGUAACGUCCAGUGUCUGAAGAAGCAAUGUCAGGUGUCGAAUUGUGCUGAUGCGUCCACUCCAUCAGGAGAGUGCUGCCCCCAGUGUCCAGAAGCCCCUGCUGAAUGCUUUUUUGAAGGACAGCGUUACAGUCACUUGCAGCAGUUCCAUCAUCCCUCUGACAGCUGUCAGUCAUGCUCCUGCACCAAUGGGGAGGUGAGCUGCCAUCGCAGGCCCUGCCCCUCUGCUGUCUGCUCUCACCCUGUAAUUCAAGACUGCUGUCGCACAUGUGAUGGCUGCAUGUAUGUUGGCCAGGAGUAUCAGAACGGUCAGGACUUUCCAGACCCCGCUGAUCACUGCAGUCGUUGCAUGUGCAGGAAUGGUCAGGUGACCUGCAACAGGACACCAUGUCCAAACCCAGGAUGUAGUAACCCCAUCAUCCGGCCGGGCCAGUGCUGUCCAGUGUGUGAUGACUGUCAGUAUGAGGGAAGGGUUUAUCCCAAUGGUGAGCCAUUCCAGUCACCCACAGCACCAUGUGAGGAGUGCAGAUGUUCUAACGGCCGUGUGAAUUGCGAGAUGAAGUGGUGUCCUCAACAGUGUGCUCAUCCGGUGAGCAUGAGGGACUGCUGUCCAGUGUGUGACGGCUGUCUGUAUGAAGGCCAGAGGUACGGAAACACGCAGACGUUCUACGCCCCCUCAGACCCCUGCAAUCGCUGCGUGUGUCAGAGCGGCUCAGUUACGUGCAGCCCGGUCACCUGUCCCCCGGUUUCCUGCAGUAACCCCAUCAUCCCGCCGGGACAGUGCUGCCCACAGUGCAGAGCGUGUUUUCAGCAAGGUCAGGAGUAUUUAGAAGGACAGAGCUUGACCCUCCCCAAUGAGCCCUGUAUCAAAUGCACCUGUAUGGACGGUGAGGUGAACUGUGUGGGUCCAGACUGUCCUAAACUGACCUGCAUGCAUCAGGUCACUGAUCCCGGCUCCUGCUGUCCCCGCUGCAGAGGCUGUAUUUAUGAUGGCGUUCAGCACCUUGAAGGCAGUACCUGGUUUGCAUCCAGCAGUCCCUGCAUGUCCUGCAUGUGUGUGAAUGGAGUGACCACCUGCUCAGAGGUCCACUGUCUGUCCACCUGUCUUAACCAGAUCAGUGUGCCGGGCGAAUGCUGCCCAGUGUGUGCAGACUGUGUGUAUGAAGGCCAUGUGUAUGGCCCUGGAGAGAGCUUCCACCCCUCUGAUGACCCCUGUCAGAUCUGCACCUGUGAGGUGAUGCCAGACGGGAAACAGCACUUGCGCUGUUACAGAAAGCAGUGCCCAAGUCUGGUGGACUGUCCUAAACACAACAUCCUAUACAGUGGCUCUGACUCCUGCUGCUCUGUCUGUGCACAGCCCCUCAGUAACUGCACAGCUACACUGAUCGGUAAUGAAGUGUUGGCCACUGAUGAUCCGUGUUUUACCUGUCAGUGCAAGGAUUUGACGUGGACGUGUAUCCAUCGGGGCUGUCCUCCUCUCAGCUGCCCUCUGGCCGAUCAGCACACACCGCCGGAUUCCUGCUGUCCCGUCUGUGAUGAGUGUGUAUUAGAGGGCAGCCAAACCCGUAUGUCAAACGGCCAGAGAUGGACAGACAAGGAGAACGAGUGUGUCACCUGCAUCUGCAAUCAAGGGCAUAUCGAGUGUGAUCUGCAGGAGUGUCCUCCCCUCGAUUGUCCGAAUGGAUCGAUCAAAUUGAAGAACCCUGGGAAGUGCUGUCCUGAGUGCUCAGGCAUCAUAACUGUGGUUUACUCCAAAGACGCUCAUUUAGAGUGUGUGUACGAUGGUCAGCAGUACAACCACAAUGACCACUGGGAGGUGGACGAGUGUACGUCCUGCACCUGUGUGUAUGGAGACGUGCACUGCCAGACCCAGAGAUGCCCAACGCUAACGUGUGCCUCGGAUGAAACGUCGGCUCUGGUUCCGGGAAUGUGUUGUCCUCAUUGCAUUCCUCACCCUGCCACAUGCAUUGUGUUUGGAGACCCUCACUACCGAACGUUUGAUGGAAAGAUGGUGAACUUCCAGGGGAAGUGCACAUAUAUUCUGGCUCAGGACUGUGAGGGCAGAGACUUCAGUGUUCAUGUGUCUAAUGAGGACCGGGGACGUAAGGGAGUGUCUUGGACUAAAGAAGUGACCGUGUUUAUUGGAGAUAUUGUGGUACAGCUGUUUCAGAACUGGAUUGUCAAGGUUGAUUAUCAGCAAGUCUCUCUGCCGUUUCUUAAAGAACCAUAUGUUUACCUGGAGCGCAAGACCAACACCAUCCUCCUGAACACCAAUGUUGGGCUGAAGGUGUCGUGGAAUGGUCGUUCUCAUCUGGAAGUCAGUGUUCCUGGUACCUACAAGAAGCAGAUGUGUGGUUUAUGCGGCAACUUCAAUAACUACCCUCACGACGACAUGAAACUACGCAAUGGACAAAUCACCAACUCUGAAGCAGUGUUUGGAAACAGCUGGAAGGUGGGCAGUGGAAAUCCAAGUGUUCAGUGUCCUGAUGCGAUAAACAUUAAUCCGUGUACAGAAGCAGGAUACUCGGCCCAUAAGACUGCGAACGCUCGCUGCGCAGUGCUGAAGUUGCCCGUGUUUGAGCGCUGUCAUAAGCUGGUGCCACCCGAGAUGUUCUAUGCUUCGUGUGUGUAUGAUCAGUGUGCCUGCGGCUCCAAUGUAGACGAGUGUUUGUGUGAUGUGUUGGAGGCUUACGCGUCUGAGUGCCGUAAGGCUGGAGUUAUCCUGCAGUGGAGGUCGCCGACACUCUGCGCCGUGGGCUGUCCGCUUGACCGCGGUUAUGUGUUUGAUGAAUGCGGGCCGCCGUGUCCUAAGACGUGUUUUAACAAAGACGUGCCGCUUGGCGUGAUCGAAGCUCACUGCUUCAAACCCUGUGUGCCGGGAUGCCAGUGUCCCGCUGGCCUGGUGGAACACAAUUCUCACUGCAUCGCCCCCGAGAAAUGCCCGAAAAUUAUCCACGGCAAUCUCUGAGACCCACAAAAUCUACCAAACAUCACAUGGAGUCAAACCAGCUGAUGAACCACAACAAGCUCUUCAAGUCAGCAUGAAAUCAGAAUUUGCUUUAUUUCUUUUUAAUUCAUAUUCCUUGUCUCACACUAUAAGAUUUAUUAGUGUAUGUUAUUUCAAAUUUUUUUCAAUUUUUUUGUAACAUUAAAAAUCCUGUUUCACUCAGAAAUACAUCAAAUUACUAUGGACACUUGUUUCCGCAACAGAUGAAAAAAUAAUAAUAAUAAUAAUUGUGCUUUUUCAUCUAAUUUGCAAGAAAAAAGUCAGAAUUAUGAGAUAAAAUGUCAAAACUUCAAAUUUUUUAACCUGUGAUGGAAACAGGCUUCCCCGAAUUACGAAUAGAGUUUUGUGUUGACUUCACAAUGCUUGAGCUUAAAGCACAUUUAGGUUUUACUUUAUUUCUCAAACCACAUAAACACUGUUCUACUGUAUACUGCAUUUAGCUGUUUUGUUGAAUUGUUUUAUUGGUGCUACUGUGUGUUAGUGUUUCUGACUGAUAGGACACUGUGUUAACCUGUGUUUCAUGGAGCUAAUUUUUACAUGUCCUUCCACUGAUAGGAGGAUGUUUUGAGCCAGAUGGACAAAGUUUACCUCCUUUUUCCUCACGCACAGAACAAGAGUACAAAAAAGAAAAAGCAUGUUUUUAAUAAUAAUGAUUGAUCUUUAUUUUUUUAUGAUUUUUUUGGCAUGCCAUAAGUUGCUUUUCUGGACUUUUCCUCUUUAAUUUGAUAUUUUGAAACAAAUCAAUAUGAGUUGAACAAUAUGGAUCUGCAAAUCUGCAUAAUUUUAUCAGCACUGUUUUUGAUAGGGCUUUUGCACUGGUAGUGUGAUUUAAAUAUUUCGUUACGCUCUUAAAAUACACAGUUUUAUAAGCAAUAUGUUAUAAAGACACUUAAUUUGCAACAUUGACAGUGAAUCUAAAUACAAAAAGAAAUACAAGCUAAAUCUAACAGUGCCUUCACGGGAUUAUUUUGAGUUAUGAUUGUUAUAUUCAUCAGAUGCAUUGACAUUCUCAGGUUCUGUAAACCAUCAGUUUUUUGUGUAUGACAUUGUCAUAAACAUUGUAUUCUCAUAAUCCCACUGUUACCCAGCCUUUGUUUGUUCUUAUUUUGCAUAUACAAUGUUUUAUUCACAUUACCCUUUUAGUGAAAAACAGUAAAAUAAAAAAAAAAGUGCAAUA